AUGGUUUCUAGCCUGCUUCCAAAUCCCACCUCAGCCGAGUGCUGGGCAACACUCCUACAUGAUCAUAUGACUCUUGAUAUGGACGCAGUCCUGUCAGACUUUGUUCGGUCCACAGGGGCAGAACCUGGUCUGGCCAGAGACCUGCUGGAAGGCAAAAACUGGGACCUGACGGCCGCUCUGAGCGACUAUGAGCAGCUCCGACAGGUGCACACAGCCAACCUGCCGCAUGUGUUCAAUGAGGGGAGGUGUCCCAAGCAGCCGGAGCGAGAGCCGCCCCAGCCUGGGCACAAGGUGGAGCGGCCCUGCUUGCAGAGGCAGGAUGAUAUUGCCCAAGAAAAACGCCUUUCCAGGGGGAUCUCCCAUGCCAGCUCAGCCAUCGUCUCCCUGGCCCGCUCCCAUGUGGCAAGUGAAUGCAACAACGAACAGUUCCCCCUGGAGAUGCCGAUCUACACCUUCCAGCUGCCGGACCUGAGCGUGUACAGCGAGGAUUUCCGGAGCUUCAUCGAGCGGGACUUGAUCGAGCAGGCAACGAUGGUCGCCUUGGAGCAGGCAGGUCGCCUCAACUGGUGGUCCACUGUGUGCACGAGCUGUAAACGGCUUCUUCCUCUGGCCACUACAGGGGAUGGGAACUGCCUUUUACAUGCCGCCUCUCUGGGAAUGUGGGGGUUUCAUGACCGGGACCUGGUGUUGCGGAAAGCUCUAUACACCAUGAUGAGGACGGGGGCCGAACGGGAAGCCCUGAAGCGGAGGUGGAGAUGGCAGCAGACACAACAGAACAAAGAGUCAGGGCUGGUGUACACAGAGGAGGAAUGGGAGCGGGAGUGGACGGAGCUGCUGAAGCUGGCCUCCAGCGAGCCACGCACGCAUUUCAGCAAGAACGGCGGCACGGGUGGCGGUGUGGACAACUCUGAGGACCCUGUGUAUGAGAGCCUGGAAGAGUUCCAUGUUUUCGUCUUAGCCCAUAUAUUAAGAAGACCAAUCGUUGUUGUGGCAGAUACAAUGUUAAGAGACUCAGGUGGAGAAGCAUUCGCACCGAUCCCAUUCGGGGGGAUCUACCUGCCCUUGGAGGUCCCUCCCAACAGGUGCCACUGCUCACCUCUGGUUCUGGCUUAUGAUCAAGCGCAUUUCUCUGCCCUCGUGUCCAUGGAACAGAGAGACCAGCAAAGAGAACAAGCCGUAAUUCCUCUGACGGAUUCUGAGCACAAGCUGCUGCCUCUGCACUUUGCAGUGGACCCCGGCAAGGACUGGGAGUGGGGGAAAGACGACAACGACAACGCCCGGCUGGCCCACCUCAUCCUGUCACUGGAAGCCAAGCUGAACCUUUUACACAGCUACAUGAAUGUGACUUGGAUCCGGAUCCCCUCGGAGACCCGGGCGCCCCUGGCGCAGCCAGAGUCCCCUACGGCCUCCGCGGGGGAGGACGUGCAGUCCCUGGCCGACUCGCUGGACUCAGACCGCGACUCAGUGUGCAGUAAUUCCAACAGCAAUAACGGCAAGAAUGGCAAGGAGAAGGAGAAGCAGCGCAAGGAGAAGGACAAGACCCGCGCGGACUCGGUGGCCAACAAGCUGGGCAGCUUCAGUAAGACGCUGGGCAUCAAGCUGAAGAAAAACAUGGGCGGCCUCAGCGGCCUGGUGCAUGGCAAAAUGGGCCGUGCCAACUCAGCCAACGGCAAGAACGGGGACGCGGCCGAGCGCGGCAAGGAGAAGAAGGCCAAGUCGCGCAAGGGCAGCAAGGAGGAGUCAGGAGCGUCGGCCAGCACGUCGCCAUCGGAGAAGACCACGCCGUCGCCCACGGACAAGGCGGCUGGCGCGUCGCCGGCCGAGAAGGGCGGCGGGCCGCGGGGCGACGCCUGGAAGUACAGCACGGACGUGAAGCUGAGCCUCAACAUCCUGCGCGCCGCCAUGCAGGGCGAGCGCAAGUUCAUCUUCGCCGGCCUGCUGCUCACCAGCCACCGGCACCAGUUCCACGAGGAGAUGAUCGGCUACUACCUGACCAGUGCGCAGGAGCGUUUCAGCGCCGAGCAGGAGGGCGCGGGCGCGCGGGACGAGGCGUGCGCGCCGGCGGUGGGCGCGCUGCGGCCGUGCGCCACGUACCCGCAGCAGAACCGCUCGCUGUCGUCUCAAAGUUACAGCCCGGCGCGCGCCGCCGCCCUGCGCACGGUCAACACAGUGGAGUCGCUGGCGCGCGCCGUACCCGGGGUCCCAGCCGGGGGUGCGGCCGAGCCCAAGUCGCAGACCUACCCCAACGGCUUCGGGGCCGCGCGCGAAGGCCUGGAGUUCGCCGACGCGGACGCGCCGGCCGCGCGCUCGAACGGUGAGUGCGGCCGCGCGGGCCCGGGGCCGACGCAGCGGCGCUGCCAGCGCGAGAACUGCGCCUUCUACGGGCGCGCCGAGACCGAGCACUACUGCUCCUACUGCUACCGCGAGGAGCUGCGGCGCAGGCGCGACGCGCGCGGGGCCCGGCCCUGA